CAAUGAUGGUGCUUAAAUCCCCAAAACCUGUUAAGAAUAGGGGCAAUUUAAACUUAUCCAAGAACAAAAGGAUAGGAAAUAGCAGAAAUUUUGGAUGAAAAGGAAGAGUUUUCUCAAACCCCAAGAUUCCAAUCAAACCGAUCAUAAAGACACCUGAGAAGAAAGUGAAAAUCUUAGAUCUCAACUUUACUAGGGAUAAAAAGUUUAGAAGUAAUUCUAGAACAAGAGAUUCUACUUUUAAGAAAAGAAAAACAAUCCUGCCCCUCAAAAAUUUGAAAAUGAGGGCUCUUGAUAGAGAUAUUUUAUUUCCACAGGACCAGGUAAACAGUCCGAUUCGGCGCUAUGUUUUACCUUUGGAAGGAAAUUUAAAGAGAUCAGGUUGAUUAAAGUCUUCAGAGAAAAUGUCUCCCAUAAGUCUUUCAAAAGAGGAGGAAUCAAACAUGUCUCUGAUUUCUCCAGUAAAAUGAGACAAUGUCAGCCCAUACCAAGCAAAAAUACCUGCAGAGCUUUGCAAUAAAGGUAUUAAGCCGGGAUGAACUAGGAACAGUCAGACUAAUUAUGUAACCUCCUUAAAAUCUCAAGAGGCUACCAAACCAAAAGGCCUGGCUCAAAAGGAGGCACAGAAGAGAAAAAUGAUUGAGCAUAACUUGUUCGGGACUCAAUUUCAUUUUUAAAUUCCCAGAACCUGACCAAAGAAAGUCAAAUAUGUCUCUUAAAAGCGACAACCAGCCAUUUUCUGAGAAGAAAGAGAGAUUUGUUCGUAAUCAAUUUUUAUCAAAAGGAGCUCCAAAACAUCCAAAUCUACCAUUUUGGUAUAAAUUUAAGAGGGAGAAGUCCCUCAGCUUCUCAAAGGACAAGGCAUCAUCAAAGUUAGAUUUUUAUAACAGUGGCACAGAGAUGCAGAAGACUGGGCCAGCACAUAAGAAUAGAGUAGGCUCUCCAAAAAUAGAAAGUUCGGGUAUUGAUAUCAAUUCUGGGAUUGAGAGUACCACACCAGCUGAGGAUUUUAUAACUCCGCCGAAUCAUGUUACAAUUAGUGUGUAUGAUCUACGCAAUAAUUUCCAAAAGGAUUUUAGCAUUGAGAAGGAAUUUCUUGUUGAAAAUAUGCAGUAUUUCCAAAAAUUUGUCAAGAAAGGGAAAGGAGUUAAUAUGGAAAAAAGGCUAGAAAUGUUAGACAAGCUGGAUAUCUCAAUCCAAUGCUCUCCAUUUAUCUUUAUAUGGAUCUUGGAAUAUUUGCAAGGGAGUAAAACUGCUGUUAAUUUUAAUCCAAAAGAAGUUAUUUUAAUCUUAAUAUCAGCAGAUUCCUUGAUAAUCCCUAAGCUCAUAGAAGAAGCUGUUGACUAUAUCUGAAAUAAUCUACAAACAGUAGAGAAUAGUGCUUGAUGGAAUGUUCAUCUCCGUCGACAUCUUAUUCGAAAAAUUGCCGUGAAAGUUCCUAUCCAAGUUUUAGAUUCUAUAAAAUAUCGGAAAGGAACUGGGUUGAUAAAUAAAAUUUACAAACAUAAGCUUGAAACACUCCAUCUUAGUUUGAACUAUUCCUACACAGACUUGGCUGAUAGAAAUUAUGAUUUUUCAGCAAAGGAAAAUGGGCUGAAGAAGUGAAAAUAUUGUGGCGAAAUGUUUACAGAUGUUGGUCUAGAUCUGACACCAUGUAGCAAUAGUCAUGAAUACAUCAAUGCUCAUGGAGAAAUGAUCCCUCCACAUCAAGCUCUCCCUCAGUGGGAUCUGAGUGACUUCAUUUUAUGAAUAAGGAAAAGAGAAAGUGACUGGAAGGUGAUUUACUACCUCAUAUGGUCACUUUGUGUCUUACUCAGAUGUACUGAAUGAAGGGAAGUCUUUCGACUUUUUGACUAUGACCAAUGACAUUAUCACCCUCAGAAAUUUUAUUCAGAAGGUGAUGACCAUCAAGGGAUCUACCUAUGUUGAGGAAGUCAAGGCCGAAAAUUCAAUAUUGGAAUUGAUAGCGCAACUCAUGGCUGAUGAAUGAAAGAUCAUAAAUGGCCCAAAACACCUGAAAUCGAUUAUAUUAUUGGUAGAUUUGAGGAGAAUAAAGAUCUGAUCUUUGGUGAUAGCGAGAUAAAAGAAAAACGAAUAAGAAUGAGAAAAGAUCUUUGGAACAGCUACAAUUUUAUUAGUAGGGAUCAUAAGACUUCAAGCGAAGAUUUCUCAUCAGUGAAUUCGAAUGGUGAGAAAUCUGAUGAAGUAAAGCAAGAUGAGUGAAACCAAGAUAUGAAUGCUCAAGAAAAUUCUCAAAAAGAUGACUUGAAAAAGAUUACUAACCCAAGCGGGAAAAAUCACCACAGGCCAAAGAGAAAGUCAGUUAGCAGACGGUAUAUUAAACUGGAGAAUAUCCGACAAAAUGAUGCUGCCAAGAUGGAUGAUCUACUAGCUCAAGUGAAGAUUUUCCGCUCCAGGAAGACAUAAGCC